UACUGAGGAAAGGGUUUUGAGGAGUGGAGGAGCACAGAGCUUGGUGGCCACAGUCUGAGGAGGUUCUCCAAUCUGAAAGAGUGCAGCCUGGCACCAGGGAAUAAUCAGCUUGAUGUUGUGCAAUCGUACAACCGGAAUGCCUCGUGGAGACUUCAACAUCUACUUUGCCAGCAGACGGAGAGGAUAUGUCAGAGCUGAGGAGGCAGUCGGGAUAGGUCUUCUGGUUGUUGUCCUCGCUGGCCUCUUCAUUCUAGGCUGCUGGUACCUCAAGAAGAGGAGCGGCUACAAAAUACUCAGGAGCACCGGCUCAGGAUCUGCAGGUUUUACAGGAGGACAGUACUCAGAGCCAGGAACUUCAGCAGACAACAAAAUGGCUCUUGCUGACUUUGGCAGCUUCCGAUCAGUGGUUCCUAAUGCUCCUCCAGCCUAUGAGAAGAUUUCUUCCGGACCACUGCCGCCUCCUUAUUCCCCCUAAGUGAGAAAGACCAACAUCUACAAAGAAUCACAAACAUGUGAAAACCAAACUCAGAAUUGAACUUAUUGGACAAAAACAUCAAGCAUCACUGUCGACGUACUUCAUAAAUGAAUGGCACCUAUAGAAAAAUACAUUGUUUUUCUUGCUUUGUAAAAAUCUUCUCAUGGAUAAAGAUGAAACGUAUAACCUAGGCUGUUUCAGGAAACAAGGAUUGCACAACACUUAUUUCUUUUUUUUUUUUGGGACAGUCGCAUUGUUUAUUUCCAUGCAGUAAUGUCCACAGCUGUUCAAUGAAAAUGUACCUAGUAAAUAUCUUUUAAAAAUCUAUAUGGUAAAAAUAAAUAAAUGUGAUUCCAAAACAUU